AUGCGGUCGCGGUGCUGCGUGCCCGUGGCAGCAAUCCCCUGCGUCCCUCAGCUGCGGGUGCAGUGUCGGCGCUAUCACGGUUUUCAGUUCGCCGGCUUUCAUGGGUGGAGGAUUCCGUACGAUGGCAAGACGAGAGUGACAAAGGAGGAGCUUGAGGGCACACGCUACUUCACACAACGUCCCAAGGAGAAGUGGGACUAUCAUCGAGUAGAUGAGAACAUAAAUUCCUCUUCCGAGUUUCGCCGGACGCACGAUAGACCUGCGUUCGAGCAGGGCAUGCGUGAGGACAACUCCACUAUGGACCACGGCGACAUGCAUAUCCCCAAGAAGUAUCGCCUGUAUGAGUACUUUGAUGAAUAUACAAAGCCUGGGGUAAACAAAAAGGUGGCCGCCUGUCAGGCGGUAAAGGAACAGUGGGAUGCAGAUGAAUUUUAUUACCCCGGAGAGGCGUGGCAGCAAAAUCGUCCUAGUUUCCGUAGCGCUCCCAAAGAAUUAUUAAAUCGACAAACCUGGUAUCACUGGUCAGACACCAUCAUGAAGUGGGAUGAGAUCCAGCCAACAAUUCGCACAAGAUCGUGGAACCCGGACUGGCCUCCUCCAGGUUACACUGUGCCAAAGUUACAGUGUAAAAAGGAGUUUGUCUUUGGUGUGGAAGAGCCUGGUCUUGUUUCCGAGGUGGAACGCUACAACUGGUUUCGAUCUUGGAGUGAUAGUAACAUGCGUUGUGGUUGGAAAGACGUUUGGCUCUUUGGGAUGCUGUUUGGCACAUUAUACUAUCUGGCUCGCAAUGCGCUUGACAUAGUUUCCAUGAGGGCCGUGAUGAGUAACAUGUACUACCCUGGUCGGCAGUUUGUACGCCCCUUUGGUGUCCCGAAGGACUGGGAAAAGGGUUUUUUUUGGUGGCAACGUCCGUUGGAGGAAUUUCCUAAUCAGGGCGAGGUUUGGUACAUGAAUGAGGCCCGAUUCAAAUACAUCAAUUACAUCAAGAAACGCGACGCUCAAGAAAAGGUCUUGGCGGAAGCCGAGGCGCAAGGGGUAUAA